GACAGUUCGCGGCGUGUCCUGUAAGAUUUCUCCAAUAGAAAUAUGGGCGGCGUUGUAGUACUAACGGUAGUCAACUGUCUAAGUUAACGAAAGCGGGAGAUCUUUUGUUAUACGUUGUCAAGUUUUCGACACAUGUAUUUCGCUAAGGGCAGAUGGGUGAUGCUGAAAUGGAUUCCUGACUUCGCUUAGAACAGAUACCGAAUAUAGUAAAAAUGAAAGAAUAUGAUGAUUUGCCAUGAAAAUUAUGAUACACCAUAAAAGCGAUGAUAUGCCGGAGAAACAAUGAAAUUGACAUGCCAUGGUUCGUUCUAAUGUAGGAGCGAAAGUCGGGUUGCAUCAUUCGACUCGGUUCUGCUGUGAUAGAGCUUAGCUGACACCGUUGUUGUCGUCAUCCUUCGCGUAUACUGUCUGAAAGAGAUUCGAAUUCGAAAAUGCAAUAGACUCAUAUGUUUAUCAUGGCAUACGGUGUAUUAGUGACUGGAUGACGGUAUUACACGCGAAGGCUUUUGUCUAACUCUUUCAGCGUUAGUGCCAGUUAAUAAUUGUUGGUCAAUGGGCGUCAACCUGCCUCAUGGCUAGUGACAAUUACUGAGUGGUGGCUUGCAAUGGGUAGUUUAGCUUAGACAUAUAACAAAAUUAUUGAAACGAUUGCAGCUCUUCUCGUUGGUUCAUGGCCACCUGCAAAAUGUACCGGUAUUUGCACCUGUAGUUCGUGACUGGAAUUUCUCCGAGACAAAGUACAUGUUACAAAACGUUCUAAGCGUGUCCGUAUUACGGUUGGAGCCUGUAUAGCAGAUGUGUCUAUAUAUGCUAAUGUGUAUAGAGUGUUCCCGUUAAAUAUCGACGUGCGGAUUGCAGGACUGCAUUGAUUGUAGGUCACGAUCGAAUUUCACGUCAAACCGUCGCAGCAUGUUACUUGUUCAGUGAUACUAUCUACCGAAAUUGUAGGGCAGUUGAUUGAAGGUCGACUUGAGCUGUGUUCUUCCACAACAAUCUUUACUCAGAAAACUUUCGCUGUAGAACUAGACUAAGCUUAGGAUAAACGCCUUACAAUGAGGUUCGACAGUAGGUUAAACUUGCUUUACGAUCUUCAACGGGGCUGCAUAUCAGCAGCGACCUUUAGCAGAACUCAGAUGGCUGGCAAAAUCGCUGAACUUUGUCUGUCAAAAAGCUUAGACGUUGAACGGUGCCAUCGCUCUCCGGUGAAUACGCUCCAUCUUGAUCCUGUGGAGGGCAGGUACUUGUUAUCGGCCGGUGCUUCAGGCCAGAUUUUCAUUCAUGACACGCACGAAGUCGAUCCAACCGAGCAUUCCAAUGGUGGAACGCUAAAGGUCGUGUGCCGGAUCGACAAAAGCAAUAGGCAUUGUCACGAGUUCAGUGUGGAGAGUAUACAAUGGUGGCCACUGGACACAGGCGUUUUCGCUUCAUCGGGUAUGGAUCGUAAUUUUAAACUGUGGGAUACCAACCGUUUGAGGCCGGUCUUAGUACAGAAGAUGGAGCGGCGAAUUUAUCGCCACCAUGUGUCAUCGCUCAAUUCACAGAUGGUCCUUUUUGCUACCGAGUAUCCAUAUGCGCAGAUCAUGGAUCUGCGGGUCGGAACGAAGAUCCAUCAACUGUCCGGUGCCCAUCGAGGCACAUUGCUCACAGUGGCCUGGUCGCCCACCUGUGAGAACAUAUGUGUUACCGGUGGUAGCGACGGCAAAUGUGUACUGUGGGACAUUCGCUACUCGAGAGGCCAUUUGACAGCACUCGACGUGCAUAGCGAUGGCAAAGGAAGGGGUGCCCAUCGAAAAGCACACGACGGACGCCUCGUCUCGCUAAAGUUCACUCCAGAUGGCACUGGACUGGUGACUUUCGGUGAGGACAACGCCGUUCGGUUAUGGGACGUAGCGUUGGCGAAGAAUCGUCAGAUCAACUUCGGUCGCGUGAAGUGUCACGCACUGAAAGGUGUCAAGAUUGCAAUGACCACGGACACUUCACCGCCGAUGGUGAUUGUUCCAUCGGAUCAACUUGUGAAAAUAUUUGAUCUUACCAGCGGUUUGAAACUCAUAGAUCUGACCGGCCACUUCAAUUCGGUGAACGCUGUGGAAUACUGUUCAUUCAGCAACAGACUGUAUUCGGCUGGCAGUGAUCGUAAUAUACUGCUGUGGACUUCGACGGAUUUGUUGGAUGAAGAAGCCAAUCAGAAGGGGUACAUCCAACAAGAGGAAUCCGGAGUAGCUACCAGAAAGCCUAGGCAGGGUCUAUCUGUUGUCACACAAGAUAACUGGAGUAGCGACGAGGAUGACAACGGACCCAUGAGAUAGUAUACUCUAAUCAAUUAG